AUGACAACCCACGGCCCCAUCAACGGCGUCAAGGUCUCUCCUAUUGAUGACCCCCACAAAGUCGUCAAAGUUAUUGCCUCCGACGGCAAGUCAGGCGAGACCAAAGACCUCACCUACACAAACUGCAAGGUCGUUGGAAAUGGCUCCUUUGGUGUCGUCUUCCAGGCCAAGCUCGUCGGGUCCGCAAAAGAUGGUGAGGAUAUCGCCAUCAAGAAGGUGUUGCAGGACAAACGCUUCAAGAAUCGCGAACUCCAAAUAAUGAGACUUGUUUCUCAUCCUAAUGUAGUCGACCUUCGGGCAUUUUUCUACUCGAAUGGAGACAAGAAAGACGAAGUUUACCUCAAUCUUGUAUUGGAAUACGUUCCAGAAACUGUGUACCGAGCCAGUCGUCACUAUGCAAAACUCAAACAACCAAUGCCCAUGCUCCAGAUCAAAUUGUACAUGUAUCAGCUUCUGCGCUCUCUGGCGUAUAUCCACUCGGUCGGCAUUUGCCAUCGAGACAUCAAACCGCAAAACCUGUUGCUUAACCCUGCUACAGGUGUCUUGAAACUUUGCGAUUUUGGCUCCGCAAAGAUUUUGGUUUCUGGAGAGCCCAAUGUUAGCUAUAUUUGUUCGAGGUACUACCGUGCCCCCGAGCUCAUCUUUGGUGCAACCAACUACACCACCAACAUCGACAUUUGGUCGACCGGUUGUGUGAUGGCAGAGCUCAUGCUCGGCCAGCCCCUUUUCCCGGGCGAGAGUGGAAUUGAUCAGUUGGUGGAGAUCAUUAAAGUACUCGGGACACCGUCUCGAGAACAAAUCAAGACGAUGAACCCAAACUAUAUGGAGCACAAGUUCCCUCAAAUCAAGCCGCAUCCAUUCUCAAAAGUAUUCCGGCCACGCACUGCGCCUGAAGCCAUUGACUUGGUGUCAAAGUUGUUGGAGUACACGCCUGGAGCGCGAUUGAGUGCAGUCGAGGCGAUGAUCCACCCCUUCUUUGACGAACUGAGGAGCGAGGGCGCACGGAUGCCAAAUGGCAAAGACUUCCCACCUCUGUUCAACUUUACACGCGAAGAGCUUUCGGUGCGACCAGACCUGAUCCGGCGGCUCGUGCCACCACAUUGUGAAGCAGAGCUGGCCUCACGGACGAUUGUGCUGGAUACGUUUGUGCCCAUACCACUCGAACAACUGAAGAUCACGCUGGACUAA